AUGUUCUUUCUUUCGUACUUUCUUUCUUUCAUUCUCUUUCUUUUACUCUUUCUUUGUAAGUUGCCGCAUCAUCUAGGUUUUUCUUUCAUUCUUUUUUUCUAUAAAUGUAAUUAUGUUUCUCUUUUUCUUUAUUGUUUUUUAUUUCCUGCCUCAUAUUUGCUUUCUUUCUUUCUUUCUUUCUUUAUAUUUCUUUUUUUCUUUUUUUUCGUUAGAUAUUUUCUUUUUUCUUUCUUUCUUUCUUUCUUGUUCUAUUCAUCUUUUUUUUUUAAGGGUUUUCUUUUCUUUCUUUCUUUCUUUCUUUCUUUCUUUCUUUCUUUCUUUGUUCUAUUCCUUCUUUUUUUUUUUGUUCUAGAUCCUUUUUUUUUUUUUCUUUUUUCUUUUCUCCUGCUUUUUCUUUUAUUUCGGUUUUCUUUCUUUCUUUCUUUCUUUCUUUCUUUCUUUCUUUCUUUCUUUCUUUGUUCUAUUCCUUCUUUUUUUUUUAAAGAUCUUUCUUUUUUUCUUUUCUCCUGCUUUUUCUUUUAUUUCGGUUUUCUUUCUUUCUUUCUUUCUUUCUUUCUUUCUUUCUUUCUUUCUUUCUUUCUUUCUUUCUUUCUUCAUUCAUUUAGGUUUUUCUUUCUUUCUUUCUCCAUUCAUUUAGGUUUUUCUUUCUUUUUCUUUAUCUUUAGGUCUUUCUUUCUUUUUUCUACACACCUUUUCUUUCAUUUUCGAUCUGAAUUUAAUUUUUUUCAUUCCAAUCUAUUUUCUUCUGCUUUUCCAGCCUCUCCUCUUUCACUUCCUUUUUCAUUAUUAACCCAAACUUAUUUUCCUCCUUUCUCAACCCGCACUUUUAACACAAUCCUUUCUUUUCUAUUUUUUCUUUUCUCUUCCUUUCAUCUUUCGCCGCCAUUGCUUAACCCCUCUUUCUUUCUUUCUUUCUUUCUUUCUUUCUUUCUUUCUUUCUUUCUAUUUAGCCCACUCUUUCUUUCUUUCUUUCUUUCUUUCUUUCUUUCUUUCUUUCUUUCUUUCUUUCUUUCUAUAAAAAUUUUCUUUCUUUCUUUCUCUCUUUCUUUCUUUCGCGCAUUCUAUUUUCUUUGUUUCUUUGUUUCUUUCUUUCUAUAUGAAAAUUUCUUUCUUUCUUUCUUUCUUUCUUUCUUUCUUUCUUUCUUUCGCGCAUUCUAUUUUCUUUCUUUCUUUCUAUAUGAAAAUUUAUUUGUUUCUUUCUUUGAUCAUUUCUUUCUUUCUUUCUUUCUUUCCUUCUUUCUUUCUUUCACGCAUUCUAUUUGUUUCUUUGUUUAUUUCUUUCUAUAUGAAAAUUUCUUUCUUUCUUUCGCGCAUUCUAUUUUCUUUGUUUAUUUCUAUAUGAAAAUUUCUUUCUUUCGCGCAUUCUAUUUUCUUUGUUUAUUUCUAUAUGAAAAUUUCUUUCUUUCUUUCGCGCAUUCUAUUUUCUUUGUUUAUUUCUAUAUGAAAAUUUCUUUCUUUCUUUCGCGCAUUCUAUUUUCUUUGUUUAUUUCUUUCUAUAUGAAAAUUUCCUUCUUUCUUUCGCGCAUUCUAUUUUCUUUCUUUCUUUCUUUUUAUAUGAAAAUUUAUUUGUUUCUUUCUGUGGUCAUUUCUUUCUUUCCUUCUUUCUUUCUUUCUUCUUAUCUAAGCAUUUCUUUCUUUUUGUUCGUUCGUUUGUUUGUUUCUUUAUUUGUAUAUCGAAGCAUUUCUUUCUUUCUUGAGGUCAUUCUUUCAUUCUCGACCUUGUCGGCUGAAUCUAUCUAUCUAUCUAUCUAUCUAUCUAUCUAUCUAUCUUUUAUUUUUAUACAUAUACUAUAA